CCGGCCCGGGCCGUCAGGGGCGGGGCGCUUGGAUCCAAACCCUAGGAUCUGCUGGCCGGAGGCGGGCGGGCAACGCCAGGGCAGAAGGAGGUUGUCCGGUUCCCGAUCACACGCCGAGCGUUUCGUAGGCGUCGGACCCCACGCCACAGCAGCUGAGCACCGCGCCCCGGCGGGAACCCGGCCUCCGCGGGACCUGCGGACCGGAGCUACGAGUUCGUCCGCAGGGAGGAGGUUGGCGGCCGAGGGUGCCGCUUUCCCUGAUUCCUGUCCUCGGUGGUCCUGGGUCGAGCGCUGCUCACUUCCGACCCUGAGAAGUGAUUAAAAUGGCUUCCAGAGGAAAGACAGAGACAAGCAAAUUAAAGCAGAAUUUAGAAGAACAGUUGGAUAGACUGAUGCAGCAAUUACAAGAUCUGGAGGAAUGCAGAGAGGAGCUUGACACCGACGAAUAUGAAGAAACUAAAAGGGAAACUCUGGAGCAGCUGCGUGAAUUCAGUGACUCCCUAAAGAAGAUUAUGUCGGGAAAUAUGACCUUGGUCGAUGAGCUCAGCGGCAUGCAGCUGGCUAUUCAGGCGGCUAUCAGUCAGGCCUUUAAAACACCGGAAGUCAUCAGAUUGUUUGCAAAGAAACAACCAGGUCAACUUCGGACAAGGUUAGCAGAGAUGGACAGAGAUCUGAUGGUGGGGAAGCUGGAAAGAGACCUGUACACGCAGCAGAAAGUGGAGAUUCUCACCGCUCUCAGGAAGCUCGGAGAAAAGCUGACCGACGAUGACGAGGCCUUCCUGACAGCCAAUGCAGGUGCUGCGCUCAGCCAGUUUGAGAAAGUCUCCACAGACCUAGGCUCUGGAGAUAAAGUCCUUGCUCUGGCAGGUUUUGAGGUUGAAAAAGCCAAGAAAUGACAUUGCGGCGGCUUGGCGCCACCAGCCCCAUCGUAGCUGCACAUGGUGCUUUCAUCCUGAGGACUUGGAGAUUCUCACAAUGCCCAAGAGCAGGUGACGCGGAAACAGUGUGGCUUCUGUUAGGUCCUUCAUCCUAGAAGGUCCUUGUCCUUCUCUGUAUGGGGCUACCUUCAAUGACCCUGGGCUUGUUGACACACAGGACCUGCUGGACUCUUUCUGAUGGUUCCAUCUAUUACGACGCCUUGUGUUUAGUGCUGAUAGUGAAAGCUGUGAGCUAGUGAUUGUCUUGAUUCUCGUCUGCACGCCUUGAGGAGACUGGUACGGUGAUGUCACUAGCCCUCCUGUGUCUGUAGACUUCUAGAAACCUUUUCAUUUUCCCACAAGGAAACCAAGACGCAGAAGGAGCAUGUGAUCUGUCUAAAGUCACAUUAGGGACAGAGCUAUGGCUCUGACUCAGGUGUCUUGACCCCUGGUUUUAUUUUUUUAUUCUAUACUGUUUCAGUUUUUUUGUUUUUGUUUUUUUGUUUUAAUAAUUAACUUGUAUUUGUGCAAGUUGGCGUCUAUGAAAAUUCCGUUUCCUAACCCAGAGUUGAGUGGACACUGAGGGGCUGUUCCCAGCCUGUGAUGGGCAGCAUGAAUGGGGCCCAUUGUAUCUCUGAAUUUCUAACAAGCAACAAUGGGAGGCCCUGUUGAGAGCCUCCUGAAGUAACUUAACCUCCUGCCUUGUCUCGGUGGGGAAGCAAUAGGAAACGGCAGCCGCAGGCUCUCUGAGUGUGACCUCUUGCCAACUCUGAGGGUGGUAACAGUAAGUUACUGUAAACUGUGCAGUUUGGGGGAAACACAAACCUAGUUUCUCCCUGAGAGCGGUGACUCUGCACGGGCAGCCGCACAGUCAUGUCCUUACAUGUACUUCCCAGGAGCCCUUUCUGUGUUUCUCACUGGUUUUUUGUUUUUGUUUUGGUUUGUUUUUUGCACUUUCUACAAAUUAAAAACAUUUUUACUGCUUCUUAUAAGCUUAACUCCACUAGGUGCUGUGCUACCUGGACAAACUAGGGAACCUCAGCUAUGUAGAUGCCUUAUUUGGAACUUGUAAUGUCUUUGGGAUUUUUUUGAAAGGGGUGGGUCUCUGGGCCAACCAAAUGGCCCAGUAGGUACAGGUGCCUCCUGCCAAGCCUGGUAGCCCAAGUUUAAUCUCCAGAUCCACCUGGUAAAGGAAGAGAGCUGACUUUUACAAGUUCUUCUGACCUCCACAUAUGUGCCAUGGCCCAUAUGUGUGCACGCAUACACACACGUACCCACAUACACACUCAAUAAGUAAAAGAAAAAUUGUAAAGGGUUCUCUCUGGGUUGGAGUCCUAGGCUCAGACUCUUCUCUGGCCUCAGCCUCCCAAGAAGCCGUUUCUGUGGAUGAGUGCCACUGUGCCUCACCAACAGGCUGUCUCCGUUUGCUGUCUACUGACAUCAGUCACUGAAGGGCAGCACACCCAGAAAGGCUGAGCACCCGCUGUGACCUACGGCUUGUGUGUAGGGCACCACCGUUUUGUAGCAAUGAAGCUCAUGUUAACACGGAGGUCACUGUGUCAAGACGUAGACUCAGUAGCAGUACGUCCACAGUGCUGUGCAGUUCCCAGCCUAGUGCCAAGUCAUCCUUUUAUUCCAUCACCCCCCGCAGGAGAACCUUGUAAGCAAUCACUCCAAAAUGCCUUCCUCCCAGCCUUCCAGCAUCCGCUGGUCUGCUCUCCUGUCCCCUGACCUUAUCUCUCUGGAUAGUUCACAUGAAUGGAUGUGUGAUUAUGCACUUUGUGGCUUUGGUAUGUAUCUGGCUUCUUCACUUCAUACAAUAUUUUAUUGCUAACCCACAGUGUAACACACUUCAAUACUUCAUUUCUUUUUAAUGGCAGAAUAACACUUCUCUGUAUAAAUACUGCAUUUUGUUUAGCGUGUGUCUGAUGAGCAUCUGUGUUCUUGUCACAGCCUCAGCUCCUGUGAAUGGUGCCACUAUGAAAUGUCUACACAGACACUUGUUGAAUGCCUAGUUUUUCAGUUCCCUUCGGGCAGUACCUAGUCACAGAAUUGUGAUGUUAUUUUUAAGCCCUAACAAGAUGACCUUAUGCCUCAUGAUCCCCCAGUAAACCCAGGAAUCUAAGAGUACUUUUCAUCUGAAAGAGGCUCGUGUCAGUCUGGAACCCUUAAUCUUGGUGACCUUUAAACAUUGUUAAAGAACAGCACCAGACCACACCUGUAACCCCAGUACUGGGAGGCAGAGACUGGGGGAUGAAGAAGUUGAGACCAACCAGGGCUUCCUGGUGAAACCUAUCUCAAGUCAAAAAGCAAAUCAGACGACCAGAUCAGCAUAGUGAGGCCCUUACUGCUCAUCAGAUCCACCUCCUGUACUUACAGCUAUCCUCUAUUAGAGGACGCUGGCGUCUGUGCUCACCUCAGUUACUUCAUCCUUUUCUCUUUCGGUUUUUGAAACAGGGUUUCUCUGUGUCACAGUCCCGACUGUCACGGAACAAUCUCACUUUGUAAACCAGGCUGGCCUCGACCUCACAGUGCGCCACCACACCCGGCUCAGUUACUUCAUCCUAUGGAGCCUCCCUUUCUGCAGGCCUACCUUGUACCUUACUUCACAUCUCCCUUCCUUAGUACAGACUAGCAUUGGUGCUAACCCACCGGUCAGCUGCUGAGUUUAGCACUGUUUGACAUGUGCUUCCCCGAUGUCACGUUCACCAGGAAGUUCUGUGCAGUGCAGUUAUUAAAUGCUCGUAAGCCAUGUCUCCUCAUUUGCAUACUUUUCCAAUCUCUGUAACUUGGAUGGUCCUGUCACCCAGCACAUAGCCUCUUAACAUUCUUAUGUCAAGAUGUUUUGGGGAAAGUCCUGCAUUCAAGCCAGGUGUGGUGACACACACCUCGAUCCUAGCAGUGAGGAAGCAGAGGUUGGCAGGUCUCUCAGCUCCAGGCCAGCCAGGGCUACAAUCCAAGACCGUGUCUCAAAAUAGAUAAAUAAAUGUCCUCAUUUCUC